AUGCCUUGUCUCAUGACUCUGAAGGCAAAGGAGCAGGGAGGAGUUUCAGAAUCAGCGCCAAAGGACAAGAUGCAGGUCUUGAGGGUCCAGGUAGAGGAAGUCACAGAGCAGAUGAAGGAAAACGUGGAACAAAUCGUAGAACGGGGAGAAAAGGGGCUUGUCCUUCUCGCCACGUCAGAGAAAAUGGAAAAAGAGGCUCAGCACUUCAAGCAGACGUCUCAGAACGUAGCUCGCACCUACUGGUGGAAGAACGUGAAGCUGGUCGUGGUCAUCGUGGUGGUCGUCCUCAUCAUCGUCCUCAUCAUCGUCCUGCUGGCCACCGGAGUCAUCCCUGUCAGUGCUCCUGCAGCCAAUCCCUCCAUCAAGCCGUAAACACGACAUAAUGUAUUAUCACAAUUUUAAUCCUUUAAAUGCCAGUUUGUUUACAUAAUGUCACUGUUGUUUUAUAUGAGGAUAAAAAGUAAUU